AAAAAAACAAAAGAAAGGAGGAAAGCACGUGACACGCACGAGCACGACAGAACUUGCACACCAACUGUUCGACGAAUUUUCCCAGAGAUUUUAAUCUUAUCAUGGAGGAAAAAGACUGGGAAGCUUCCUCUUCAAGCGAAGAAGAAGCUGGUUUUGCACUGGAUGAUGACGAACAGUUUCAUUCAGGACCCAAGUUACAAUUCAGAGUUGGAUCUUCAAAGGCUCGUUGGGUUACAGAGUUAGCAAUGGCUGAAGUUGAGGUUAAAAGAGGGAAGCUUUGGACAACAACUGGAGUCAUCCGUAGUGGAAAGACAUAUUGCUUCAUAGAAGAGGCUUUGUUUUUGAGUGAAAUAGGAGAGUUGCAGAUGUUAGGUAGUGAAGAUGAUGAAGUAAUGAUCCCAUUGAAGAGCUUGUAUGAGAAGAUUGCAGAGGAAAAAAGCGGCUGCUGUUGGGAAAGCUACGAGGUUUAUAGAUACUUGAAGGGUUUAGGUUACAUUAUAAGACGCCAUGGUGUUCCUUGGACGUCAAAGGAUGCUGCCAUUACUACACCAAGUGGUGAAUGUUUUAAAGACAAGGAUGAUGUAACUAGACUCUUGGAAGAUAUGCAGUUAUGUGAUGCAAGAGCGGUUUUUGAUGUGUAUUUGCCAACCAGCCGGUUCAAGAAGUUUUCUCCGGGUGAACCGAGCUUUGUGGCUUGCUUCUCUGGGGACUCUCCACCAAGCAAAGAAGAUGUUAAGGUCCUGCAAAGCCGUGUAGCUACAUCGUUAAUGUUCUGUCAUGUCGCUCAGGGCCGUGUGAGUUUCUUUUCCUUCAAUUCCAUAGACCUCCCUGUCUUACCAUAAAUGUAAACCAAGAAAACAAAAUGGAAUGAUCUUGUAUUCAUAAGACAAAGUCACAAACAAACUGAGUUCACAAAUUCACAUACAGUACAACUUUAUGUUUUUCUACAA